CUACCGUUGAAUAAUAAAUAAGUUAGAAUACAUACCGUUGCAUCGAUAUAACGACCAAGCCAUCGGCAUCACAAUUAUUGACAUCAGUUACCUCGACAAUGACAAGAGAACAAUGGAAGGAUGAUGUCGCAUACGCGAUCACUCCUUUCAAAUUCAUUGCAUGGCCUAUUGGCGUAUGGCCACUUCAAGUUUAUAAUAUUUUUUCGCUAUUGCGUUGUGUCUUAGGCAUUUGUUGUGCGAGUCUACUUGUGAUCUUGCCAUCUAUGGAGAUGUAUAUGGGCUGCAACAAUGUAGAACGGAACAUAGACUGUCUGCUGUUAAUCUGUUGCGGAAUUCUCGGUGUACUGAAGACGACAUGGUUUCGCAUUAAUGCAAAUAAUUUAAUUAUUAAUUUUAACUCUGCCAUAAACGAUUAUCAAACGAUUAACAACAUAAAAGAGCGCGAUAUCAUGAAAAAACAUGCUUUUAUAGGAAGGAUUCUUUGUUUUUUCUUUUUGACCAUUGCUUACUGUAGUGGUUUAACAUAUACAUUAAUUCCUUCUUUGAAUUGUGACAAAGGAAAUCAGAUUAAUAUAACAAACGAAGAUAUGCAGUACAAUAGGCCAUCUCGCGAUCUGGAAUAUCUUAUUGGAAUAUCUAAUUUGCCAACUUACAUAUAUAUAAUUUACUCUGUGAUCGAAAAUAUUGUACUAAUACUAGCGACUACAGCUAACCUUGGUAACGAUGCAUUGUUUCUCAACAUUACAUUGCAUGUUUGUGGUCAAGUAAACAUUCUGAGGAUCCGUUUCAUCAAAUUUGAUGUCACAAGCCCGCGAAUCUGUGAUCGAUUCAAUGAGCUAAUUCAAAGACAUCAUUAUGUGAUAAUGCUGGCCAGGGAACUUGCCGAUCUCAUCAAUUUUAUAUUGCUAAUAGAAUUAUUCAUUAUCAGCAUAUUAUUAUGUAUAAUGGGAUUUCAGCUUAUUUUAGCGUUAAAAUUCAAUAAUACUGCUAUAGUGGGAAAAAGUUGUUUAUUACUGAGUGGUCUUAUAACACAACUAACAUUGUAUAGUUUUAUCGGGAAUUAUCUGAAAUCUGAAAUGGAAGAUAUAGGGCUUUCUCUUUAUCAAAGUACUUGGUACAAUUUUCCCAAAAAAAUAACAAGAAACGUAGUAUUUAUUCUUAUGAGGGCAAAAGCUCCAGUCGCAUUACAGGCUGGAAGUUUCAUCGUAAUCAAUCUGUCAACUUACGUAAGCAUUUUGAAAACCUCUUUUUCAUAUUUGUCUGUACUUCGUAUUAUGCUUGGAGUGUGAAAUGUAAAAUGCGAAUAAAAGACCUGUGCAAAUAUGCUAAUUUCGAAAUAACGUGAUAUAAUGCUUUCAAAGUAGAAAAUACGUGAAGAAGUAUUUGUUAAAUAUAAAUUACUA